CCCAGACGUACGAGCAGCGCAAGGUGGUGGAGUUCACGUGCCACACCGCGUUCUUCGUCAGCAUCGUGGUGGUGCAAUGGGCCGACCUCAUCAUCUGCAAAACGCGCCGCAACUCCGUCUUCCAGCAGGGCAUGAAGAACAAGAUCCUGAUUUUCGGGCUGCUGGAGGAGACGGCGCUGGCCGCGUUCCUCUCCUACUGCCCC